UCAAAAUAGAAAUCGAGAUUCAUACCUUAAGACUCCUAAAACGAUUUGAAAUAGACAAAUUGAUGUAAUAUUACUACAAACAAUUGGCGCAGAUAUCAAUGGUGAUUAUCAUAUACAAUACGAUUGAAUGUUCUUGAAAACAAAUAUUUGAAUCGUCCUUUUUAUCUUCAUCCUUCGACUAGGGUUUACUGCGCAGUAGCAUGACCCCUCCACCGGAAACAAAGGAGAAAAUAACGAUACCAGCUCAAAUCAGUGACAGAUCAAAUUCAAAACCCAAACCCAGGAAACCCAAAUCACCGGAUGCACUCAAUUUGCAAACCCUAAUUACCCACAUGGCGCGCAAGUCAUCUUUCCUCAAGAAGGCCCUGAUUUUUGUCCUACUCUUCAUCGUUGCGAUCUAUGUCUUCUUCAACUCUGUCUUCAACUCUUCUCUUCCUUUUAAUAUCCCAGACUUCGACCCAACCCUCACUGUGGUAGAUCGCUCACAGGCUUUCGCGGAAAUCCGACAUGAUUUUUCCGGAAACCAAUCACCCAAAGUGAAAGUCUACAUGUACGAUCUCCCCACCAGGUUCACUUUCGGCAUCAUCCAGCAGCACGCCAUAGCUCGUGGCGCCAGCAAAGACUCCGUUGCUGACUUGUCGACGUUGAAGUACCCGGGUCACCAGCACAUGCAUGAGUGGUACCUGUUCGCGGACCUAAACAGACCCGAAAAAGAGCGGGUCGGGUCUCCUGUGAUAAGAGUCAUGGAUCCUUCGGAGGCUGAUCUGUUUUACGUCCCGGUGUUCUCUUCGCUGAGUCUGAUCGUUAAUGCGGGUCGACCCGCAGGGUCUGGUUACAGCGACGAGGAGAUGCAGGAUAGCCUGGUGGAGUGGUUGGAAAAGCAACAAUGGUGGGGACGGAACAACGGAUGGGACCAUGUGAUCAUUGCCGGCGAUCCCAAUGCAAUGUAUCGGGUCGUGGAUCGGGUAAAAAAUGCUGUGUUGCUCGUGGCGGAUUUUGGGAGAUUGAGACCGGACCAGGGGUCUCUCGUGAAGGAUGUGAUUAUUCCCUACUCACACCGAAUCAGCGCCUACACUGGUGAACUCGGGGUUGAAAAUCGGGACACCCUGUUAUUUUUCAUGGGAAACCGGUAUCGCAAAGAUGGAGGCAAAGUCCGAGAUUUGCUUUUCCAAGUACUUGAAAGUGAAGAGGAUGUUGUUAUAAAACAUGGAACUCAGUCCAGAGAGAACCGCCGUGCUGCUUCUAAAGGAAUGCACACAUCAAAAUUUUGUUUGAAUCCUGCUGGUGAUACUCCAUCAGCUUGCAGACUCUUUGAUUCCAUAGUUAGCUUGUGUGUCCCAGUGAUAGUGAGUGAUAGUAUUGAGUUGCCUUUUGAAGAUGUUAUAGACUACAGGAAGUUUUCAAUAUUUGUGCAUACUGAUGCUGCUCUAGAGCCAGGAUGUUUGGUUAAGAUGCUGAGGAAAGUGUCACCCAAAAGGAUUAUAGAAUAUCAGAAACAAAUGACUGAGGUGAGGCGAUACUACGACUAUACGAAUCCUAAUGGAACAGUGAAUGAAAUCUGGCGCCAAGUCUCCCAGAAGCUGCCUCUUAUCAAACUGAUGAUUAAUCGUGACAAAAGGCUUGUGAAAAGGGAGAUGACUGAACCAGACUGCUCAUGUAUGUGUUCAAAUACAACUGGAAUUGUUAGCUCUUUCUGAUUGCCAAUUUACCUACAUUUUACUACUGAAAGUGAGAAGAGGAAGAUACCUGCAGAAAUUGGAUGAGUUCAUGGUAAAGGAGUGUGAUCUCUUUCCAGUUAAAGGCGAGAAAGGAGACAAGAAUAAUUUAUGCAGAAGUCUAUUUGUUUUGUUUAGUGGGUUGUUUCUAUAUGAUAUGACAUUUAGCAGUAGGUUUUCGUACAUGUAAAUGUUGUUGUAGAGUUUGAUCUGGUAGCACGCCAACGAGUGGGUAGAAGAAAUUAGCUGCUAGUUAAUUGUUUUGUACAUGAUAGACGAUAAAAUCCCAUAAUUACAUUCGAUUCGUUUAUUCAUUAUCAUUAUCUUA